CUAUGGAGUGAAAAUUUAAUGGAUAUUGCCAGAUAUUCACCAGUCUAUGGUUUAAAAUUUGGUUUUUAUGAAGUAUUUAAAGAACACACAAAGGUCAAUGUGGUUGAAAAUGGUUUAAAUAAGUUUGGUUUUUUUAUACUAUCUGGUGGGGAGGCAGGUAUAACUACAUCAUUAUUGGUUCACCCUAUCCAUUACUAUAGUUGCUACACCUAUCAUAAAUUUUUUAUUUUACAAGAGUUUAAAGAUCAAAAAAAAGUUUUUUAUAAAAGUAAUUUUAAAUUUUAUAGAAACCAAAUAAAUGAUUUUUUCAAAUUUUAUCAAAAUACCUCAUUUUACUCUGCAUUCAGUUAUUCAAUAAUUCCCAAUUUUUUAUAUAAUUCAAUUUUUUUUGGGGGUUAUGAUAUUGGUAAAUCUCUUGUUUUUGAAAAUAAAGAAAAUGAAAAAAAAGAUAAUAAUAAAAAUAUUAAAAGGUUCAGCAUUGCAUUUAUAGUUAACAUUAUUUCACAUAUUGUUUCAUAUCCAUUUGAAACAGUUUGUAACACAAUGCUUAUUCAAUCGGUAGUUUGUAAACUGGAUAGUGUUUCAACCAAAGAUAAAAAAGAAUUUUUUUCGUCUUCCCUGGAUUGCUUUAAAAAAAUUAUAAGAUACGAAGGCUUUAAAUCAUUGUUCGACGGUGCUAUCAAAUCUCCCAUU